AUGGUCGUAUACCUCGACGAUGGAGACGGAGUACACAGCAUCCGCGUCCUUGUCCGUCACCCCCGCAUCCCAGCCACCACUCCCACCUUCCACCAAAUCGCCUCCGAACUCGGCAUCUCCCCCGUCCAUCUCUCCCUCCGCCAACGCGACAAGGUCGACGAAGUCCUCGCUCGCAGGGUCAAAAUGGCAAAAGAGAUGAAGGAGUGGAAAAGGGCGGAUGUGAUGGUGGGGGAUACUGUGAGGGUGGUCGGGGCGUUGGAGGAGAUGCGGUGGAAGGAUGGGACGGUGAGGCAGGUUCUUGUUUCGGAUAAUGGCGGGAGUAUACAAGUAGUACCUCCCGAAGAGCAACUACACCACGCCGAGCUCGUCGAGCAACUACACCGUGAAUUAUACAACCGCCCCUUCGCCAUCCCCCAAAUUACAUCAGCCAGACCCAUCGCUAGAGGCAAGAUCGCUCGAUCCAAGACUUCUCUACCCAGCAAGAGGCCGAAUGAGGAGGAUGAAGAGGGCCAACAUCCAGCUAGCGAUAUAACCAUCUGCACACUCUCCGGUUCCCCAACCAAAUCCAUCUCCCAAAACCUCACCCCUCCCCGCCCCCGCCUCCGCCACCCCUCCAAACUCCCUCCCUCCGCCCUCACCCGCCCCACAUUCCGCCGCUACCUAAUCCACCACCUCUCCUCCUCAAUUGAAGAUGCCCUCUCCACCAUCAUCCGUGAAGGCGGGGUUGAACGGUGUCGGAACGCGUUGGGGCGGUACUUUCCGGCUUAUUUGAAAUAUGUUAAGCGGCGGGAUGGACCAGGAGGAGGGGGAGGGGGGAGUAGAGCGCCUUUAACGGCGAAACAAGCUAUUGGCCCUCUUACGCCUCUGUUCGAGCAAGACAUCCUGUCGAUCCCUAUCCUCCAUAUCCUAGCGCGGCGGAUCAUACUCCAAGAAGCUCUUGAUGCAGAACGCGAGAGGAAGGGAAGGAUCAAAAGCGGGUUGGAGAAGAAGGAUGAUCGGGCGAUAUACGAAGCGAGACGAAAGCUGCGCAAAGCCAACGAAAAAGUCAUUGCCCGGGCCAAGGCCGGAAACCCCGUGGAAGGAGAGGAACAAGUCCAAAACGCAACAUGGCUAUCCGAACCCCAAAUCACAACUGCCACCACCUCCCUCCUCACCUACACCCUCCGCACAGCCGCUUCCUCCGGCGAGCUCAUCCCCACCCGCCUCUCCUCCCUCCUAACCACCUCCGACUCGCCUUAUGGUUAUCUCUCCCUCCCUCCCCAAUUACUCCUCCCUUUAUUGGUGCCGUUGAUAGAGAAACAUAGCGGGUGGGGCUUGUGGGGCUCGAGAGUUGGAGGAGGGGUGACGGUACAGCAGUUGGUCAGAGAGUUGCAGGGGUGGGAAGAAGAUGGACGGUGGGAGAAGGUUUCGGAGGGGGUUGUUGAGGGGGCGUUGGAGUGGGGGGAGGAGGAGGAGUUUGUGGAAAGGCAGGGUGGGGGGUGGGUUCUGGCGCAGGGGUAUAAUUGGGUUUGA